UCGCGGCAAGCGCAUAGGUGCGUGCGGUAGCGAUCAUCCGCCGUGGUCCAAUACCCCUUCGCAACACUGCACAUGCACACAGCCAGCGGUCAGUGAUUCCGUUUGUAGUGGUGUGCAUGCGAGCGGAAUUGAUGCACUAGGCUGUACCCCGUUGCUCGGUUUGCACUCGAACAAGUGCGACUAGGUGUUUAAUUAGCUACGCAUUAUGGUGAUUCGUCAGGGCCAAAAUUCACGGCGAUAGUGUGGUGCAGUUGCGGGUACGGAAAAAGAAGCUAUUAAGCCUGGAGAAACACACCAUCCAUUGCAGUGAGUUGUAACUGUGGUAGGUUAAAGUAAAUGCGCGUGCGCUCCGUCCCGUCAGCCGAUUUCAAUCCCGACAAGAUCAGUUUCUGCGUCAACUGUCGUAGGAGUGCGAAAGAAAAAAAAGUUUACGACCCGAUCACCAAGUCCAAGCUCAAGUGGGUGAGGGAAUCCAGAAUCUAAGCAAACGGCGAUCAAACGAUCGAACAGUGUGUGUGUGUGGGUGAGCAAGAUAGAAUAAAGAAUUAAAAUAAGUGACAGAAAUCAUCUGAAAGUGCGCGUAUCGCAACAUCAGGAAUAUAAUCCGUUAAGAAAGAUAAAAGAAAGCACCCAAAAUGCCUUUCCGCCUGAAGCUCAAGAAAUCUCGCCAUUACAAUGUCAUGUCCAAGAGCCUAUUCGUCAUAUCCGUCGAUCAUUUGGACUCAUCUACCAAGAUCGACUGUACGCUAAGCUCGGAAAGCACUGGCCAAGAAUGUCUGGAAAACGUGUGCCAAAGAAUAUCGAUCCAACAACCGGAGUUCUUUGGUCUCCGUUAUGUGGUCAAAGGCACGAUCGAUGAGAUGCGAUGGGUGGACCUGGAGCGUCCGCUGAGUCGCCAGCUGGAAAAAUAUUCGGCCAACUCGAAGAUUUUACACCUGCGCGUAAUGUACUACGUCCUCUCGGGUGUCAGUUUGAUACAGGACGAGGGUACGAGAAAUUACUACUUCCUGCAGCUGAAGCACGAUGUUGUGGAGGGUCGCAUUAACUGUGACCCUCGGCAGGUGGUAAUACUGGCAAACUACAGUCGUCAGGCGGAGUAUGGCAACCAUCAGGAUCGACACACGGUGGAGUACCUGAAGACGCUGCUAUCCUUUCCACAUGAGAUGGUCCAUGCAAACCUGCUGGAGGCACUUACCGAACAGGUGAUCCAGCAAGCACAUGAACUACACAACGUAACGCAGGGUGACGCAGAAAGUUUGUACAUAUCCGCCUGUCAGCAGCUCGAUGGUUACGGUCAGGAAACAUUCACGGCGAAAAACGAAACCGGGCUGGAGGUAAUGUUGGGAAUCUCAGUGUCGGGCAUCAUAGUUGCAAGUGACACAAACAAGUUUUACCCCUGGCGUGAUAUUACGAACGUGGUGAACCACAAGCGUGCGUUCAACAUUGAGUGCACGGUGCCACGGGAAAGCGCCGGCUUCACCGUGGCAGACGUUGCUACCGGUCGUUACAUCUGGAAGCUGUGUGCGCUGCAGCAUCGGUUCUUCGUGACGUACGAGCAGAACCAGACGCAGGCGAGCCAGAUGAACUUGAAUCUGUUCCAGAACAUGGGUGACAAUUUGAACGACAGUCGGGAUGAUUUGUUAAGCGAACAGCAGUACAUGCACGCGCAGCAACAGCAACACCAACCUAGUCCAUCACCGGGAGGAUCUCAGCCUCCGUACCAGGGUUCGACUAUGGGGACGACCAGUUGGCCGAGCACACACGAGCUGGCAUCGCACUCGUCGAGCAUGUGGAACAAUGCGACCCAUCAGCAGCAUCCAAUGGUGGACACGCAGCCUGGAGGCGGUGGCGGUGGUGGUCACUUAUCCUCUAGCAAUAUCACCAUUGCGACCGGCGUGGGCGGAAGCAUCAAUAAUCUCAACAAUGUCAAUCCGGUAAAUAUGAUGCAAUCGUCGCGUUCCUCCGGGCUCGAUAUUAACCUCAAUUCGACCUCCAAUACCGCGGUACCGUUGGAGUACUCGAACCAGAUGGGUUCCAGCUGGGGUUUGAAUCCGGUCGGUUCGAAUGCGUCACUCAUAAACCGUGCCCAAAGUUCGUCAUGUUUGGAUUUAAGCAACAACAAUCUAACACCCGAUCGGGAUCGGCUAAAAGCGCUCCUGCCGACAUAUCGACCAGCGCCCGACUACGAGACGGCUAUACAGCAAAAGUACCGUUCCAGCAGCAACGAUGUGCGGCUGGUGAAUGGGAAUUUAUUGCACCUGUCCGCUUCGCAGAUGCUCGCGGCACAGGAGCAACAGCAUCAGCAACAGGUCGCACCGGCAGGACAUCAUCUCGAGUACGGCAUUACGGGUAGCCAGCCGGAUGUGUCCUACUACGGUCAGCAUUUGCAGCAACAGCAGCAACAGUCGGCCACCCAACAAGUACACCAGCAACCGUAUCCGGACGUAACGCAUCAUACGACGACGCAUAUAAUCGGCCCACACUACUCGGAUGCGUCCGAUUAUGGGUUGACGCAUCGAUUUAAAAUGAUGCGCCUUGUAAAACCACCUCCGCCAUAUCCCGCCAAUCGACUCAGCUCGACUUCAACGCCCGAUUUGGCUUCCCAUCGUGCUCUGCUCGGUCUGCGCAGUGCGCAAGUGUCCGGUUCUAGUCCCGAUCUAGUGUCAACCCGUCCGUUGAUGAAUCACCACCAUCAUGCGGCGCACCUUCAGCAUCAUCAGCUACAAAUUGCUCAUCUAUCGCAGAGCGGUGGCCAAGUAUGCUAUCCUGGAUUGGCAACGGCUGGCAACCCUCACGCCCAGUUGCACCAUUCCCAAACAAUGUUGCCACACGGGACGUAUGAAAAUUUAAACUUUAUGGAGAAUCUAACAUCAACUAAAGCAGGUCUAAUAUCGGCUGCGAAUCAAGGUGCGCCCGGCAAUGUGUACUAUUACGUUCCCGGAGGUAUGGAGCAUAUUUUGCUUACAAGUGGAAGUACACCCGGCGGUGAUAGUAGUAAUCCGUCCUACCACACUACCGCGAACGGUCAUAUCGGAUUGGCCCCCAAAACGCACCUCAACCGAUCAUCUCAACAUAUCAAUGGAUCGAUCGAACCGAUCUAUGAAAACGUUCCAUUGCCGUGGAAAGAUGACAACGAUGCGCUGGGAGAGGGAAGGAACCGAACGGCAAGCGUUCAGUCGGCUCCAGGUGUGCAGCAUCAGCCGACGAUGCGACCGAUGCCUCCUACACCACCGCAACCACAAACACCAACCAGUACCAGUGCGCCGGCGAGUGCUAUGGAUGGUGCCAUGUUUAACAUUCAGUCUCAGGCCCAACAACCACAGCAACAGCUUCAGCACAAACCAUCCAAACAGCAGCAGCAUCAGCAACAAACACAGGAACAGCAGCCAACGGGACGCCAGCAAAUGCCACAUCAGCGAGUUUCUGAAGGAUCGAUCACUGCAAUGGGUCCACCGGCACCAUCAUUAGCCGAUGUGCCAAAGCACCAUACCAACAAUCAUUCCGGCAGUAUCGACGCCCAACUGAACAGUUCUACCACGACAACAACAACGACGGCAUCGGUCAACGCUACCGCGGCCAAGGAACCUACUGCUAUUAACCGGUCACAUUCAUCGAACAAUGUGCUCGAUGCUUCACAACUCUCCAGCUACACACUGAACGAAACUGUCCAGAGCGGUAGCGUUCGAAAUGGGCACAAUGAUUCCGGCAUCAGUUCGAUUACGGGAUCGACCAAUCUCGGUGGUAGCGGUGGCAGUACAACUAGUCGCAACACUACUCAUAACAAUAGUUCGGCCAACACCUCCACCGCCACGACAUCUUCCGUGAAAGAAACGAAGCGGAAGCGCAUCUGGGAAAUACUCGGCGGUCGAUCGAAGAAUUCCACCGAUAAACAGAAGAGUGCCACCCUCGGUCGGGAGAAGGAUCGCAAAAAGAAAGGCUCCGUGGAUCCGAGCGUAGAUGGCAGUGGAAGCGGUGGAAGUGCUAACUCUUCCAUGAACGAGGGAGCGAACGGAGGGCAGCUGCGCCAUCGUUGGUCAACGGGAUUGCCAAGAUUACAGCCACUGCCGGCUAAUAUCAGCAAAGAGAAAUUGUGCUCGCUACUGGAAUCGAAACUGGCCGAUCCUCAGCUGUAUUGUGAAUUUGAGCGCAUUCCUAAGCGUAGUGAAAGCGCCAUCUAUAACUGUGCCUUAGCGGAGGAUAAUAAAAACAAGAACUUCGAUUCGUCCUUUCUGCCGUACGAUAAUAAUCGAGUGCGUUUAACACCGACACGGGAUAAUCGUAUGGGCUACGUGAAUGCUUCUCACAUAACAAGCACGGUUGGUAACAAGCAGAGAUUCUACAUAGUCGCCGAGAGCCCGAACGACACACUGACGACAAACAUAUUCUGGCAAUGCGUCUGGGAGGCGGAUGUCUAUUUACUGGUGCAACUAUCCAAAGAGCUAAACUAUAUCCCACAAACAAGUGAACGGUGUUUGGAGUACGGGCAGUAUCAAGUAUGGCGCGAAUUUUCCCAAGAAACAGAUCGCUGCACAACGAGCAAAUUGCGCGUGUACCACACACAAAGCCGUCGUUACCGAUCGGUUUGGCAUUUAUCGUAUACGGAGUGGGCCGACCAAAACUGUCCGGGUGAUGUUGGACAUUUUUUGGGAUUUUUGGAAGAAUUGAAUUCCGUUCGGUUGGCGUCAAUUGCGGAGGUUCCACCAUCGCACAAUACCAAUCCACCAGUGUUGAUACACUGUAAUGAAGGUGGUGGUCGCACGGGUGUGACUUUGGUAGCUGACUUGCUGCUGUACACACUGGAUCAUAACCAGGACAUUGACAUACCGCGAUUGAUCGGCCAAUUACGACAGCAGCGGGAUAGUAUCAUACCAUCAUUGGCACAAUACAAGUUCAUCCACGCACUGUUAAUACACUACUUAAAGCAAAACCGACUGAUCUAAGGCUAAUGAUGAAGAAACACACUGCAAAGGUGCUAUGCAAAAGAGUUGCAAGUUUUGGUUAUUUUUCGACUGUUUCUAAUCAGGUCACUGUUAUCACUGACGAAUACAAGGCAAAAAUGAACGAGCGAUAUGAUCAAAGCACUAAAUUUAGUAGGUAACAGAAGUGCCUUAUCAAAACACGCCAAAUCUGACCGGUACAGCAUCGACCGAUACCCAUAGCUACCUAUGAUUGCGCUUGUUCGCUUGUUGUAUUAUAUGUGUUUACUAGAAAGCACAAACUAAGUCUUCAGCUUUUAUCAGCAACAGGCAAUAAAUCGGAUAACCUAUGGUCAAUGUGAAAGUUAGUAUUAAUUUAGACGAAAAUGAUGUAUUAUUUGAUCUUUUUUAACUCUUUUAAAUACUUGAUAACGAAAUGCUACGAUAAUAAUACGUGGACAAAUAAACUAUUUUAGCUAGCUAGUUUUAAAUUUACAACUGCAUACUAACGCAACUACUUUUGUACCAUAUAUGUCGGAAAGCGUAUCAAUCCAUAUCGUGCGAAUGGUUGAAAGAACAGCGUUACUGCCGAAGAUCAAUUACAAUCACCAGUAUAGGGAGUUACUUUCGCGUCACUAAUAUAAACAUUGUGCUAAAUUUUGUAAGACUUUUUGUAAGUAUCGUUUUGUUGUGGACCGGAGGGGUCACAGGGUGCGCAGAAAGCAAACUUUUAAAUGUGUAAAUGAUUAACAGGAUAACGAAAAAGUAUUUCCUUCGCUGUAGACAUGUAGGAGGUGAUUAUUUAUGUGUACAUCAUUAUGUGACCACUAGUGGCUGUAUUUUUAAUAUCUGUGGGAAAUGUAAACAACGUGUAAUGUAAUAAAAUGUGGCACACCA